AUGGUGGACGGCGGCUUGUUGCUCGGGCUCGUCGUAGGGCUGGCGUUCGGCCUCGUCGUAGUUGUGUUGUUGCUCUUCACCUGCAUCGGGCGCAUGUGCCUGGGGAUGUGUUUCUGCUGCAUCUGCCUGCCUUGUCGGUUCAUCUGGAAACGCGACGAGGCCUGCGUCUGCGAGCCCGUCGACCCCGUCGGCUGCUGCUGCGGCCGACAGGACUCAGUCGCCGAGAGCAGCGUCGAUUCCGAACCUGCCCUCGAGGAAAUCCUUCAAUCGUGA